AUGGAAAAUAGUGAGAUUGAAAUAAUGAGUGAGAAUAUUGAUCAAAAUGUUCGUGAUAAUGUUGUGAUAUCCAUUGACAAAAUGUUGGAAGGACUACCUCGAGUUAAUCCAAAAUGUAACACUAUCUAUCAAGUCCCCAAAGAGCUACGCGAGAUUAAUGAUAAAGCAUAUGUCCCUCAAUUCAUUUCCAUCGGUCCUUUUCACUAUCGUACUCGAAAGGAUUUGAUAGCCAAUGAACAUUAUAAGCUUCAAGGUUUCUUUAACUUUCUAGGUCGUAUAAGUAUAAUUAAUAGCCAUAUUCAAUUAUUGGAAGAAAACCAGGUUAAUAUUAGCUCAAAGGUCCUUGUGGAAAAAUCUCAUGAUUGGGUGAAAGAAGCUUGGAAUUGUUAUGCAGAACCAAUAAAGAUGAAAGAUGAGGAGUUUAUUAUAAUGAUGCUUGUGGAUGCUUGUUUCAUAGUCGAGUUUUUUCUACUAUAUUAUGGUUCAUUCCAUGAAGAUGGCAAAUUAUUCAAUGCAGAAUUAUCAUUAUUCUACUACGGAGUAUUCUACGAAAUACUUCUUGACUUGAUAAAGUUGGAAAAUCAAGUCCCUUUCUUUCUUCUUCAAAAUCUAUUUGACCUGAUGCCAAAAGAUAAAGUUGAUAUCUCCUCCAUUAUUGGAGGUUAUAAAGAUAGCCCUAUCUCCUUGAUAGAUCUUACAUACAUGGUUCUUAAGGAGUUUGGGUUCGUGCGUGAAUAUAAGAUCAAUAAUUUGUAUCAUAAAAAUCCAAAGCACUUGCUUGAUUUCUUAAGUUUCUACUUCCUCCCCGUGCCCCCUAAUAACUGGAAUAGGAAGUUUGAUCAUGUGAAAAUUAGUAAGCAAUGGAGGUUGAGUCCUCCAACCACAACUGAGCUCUGCGAGGCUGGUGUCACCAUUAAAGUAGCAAAAAGAAAAAACAAUUUAUGCUUCAUGAACAUAAGUUUUAAAAAUGGGGUUUUAGAAAUCCCACCUAUAGUUAUUGAAGGUACUUUUGAAGUCUUGAUACGAAACGUGUUAGCAUUUGAGAUUUUUCCGGCAGGAAAUCAGAAGAAGUAUGCAAUCCAAUAUGUGACAUUUUUGGAUGAUUUGAUAAGCACAGAGAAAGACUUGUGCUUACUUGUGAAGGCUGGAGUUAUAAUCAACGAUACUGGUGGUAGUGAUAAAGAAGUUUCAGAAUUGUUUAACAGUCUUACUAAACUUGUCACCACUCCAUUGCCUUCCUACUUCGAUGAUACCAGCAAAGCUUUACGUGUGCAUUGCGAUGGAUCGUGGAACAAGGCUAAAGCUUCACUCAAACAUAGCUAUUUCAAUACGCCAUGGGCUAUUAUCUCAUUCUUUGCUGCAACUUUCCUCAUUAUUCUUACUAUCCUUCAAACCAUAUUCUCCGCUAUCUCUGCAUUUCCUAACUAA